AUGAACGAUGCUUACUGUAUUCUACCAUCGUGGGCGCUUGAAACCGGCCACUUUGAUUCCCGCCUCGCCACCGCCGCCAAAAUCCAGCAAAAACUGCCUUCCAACGAAGUCUCCACCGCGAAAUACACGAAAUGGAAUUUCUUUCCGAAAAACUUGUUUCUUCAAAUGCACCGAUUUGCGAACGUCUAUUUCGUUUUCAUCGUAAUUAUCAAUUUUGUUCCGGCGACGCAAACGCUAGAUCCGACUUUGGCGCUUUUUCCGCCGGCUUUCGUGAUCGGAGUCAGUUUGAUAAAAGAUUUGUACGAGAACAUCCGAUUAACUCGAGCAGACGACUCGGUCAAUUGCACAAGAGCGGAGCGCAUCAACAAAGACAAAAGAGCGGAAGAAGUCAGCUGGAAAGACCUCCGCGCUGGCGACGUCAUCCGUCUCUAUGUCAACGACAUCGUCCCCGCCGACAUCGUGCUUCUCUACACCACAGACGAAAGGAGCAUUUGCUACGUCGACACGAUGGAUUUGGACGGCGAAACCAACCUGAAACAGAAAGAAAUCGUCGUGAAAAAGGACUCGUCGCCGUUUGAAUUGACGGAUUUUCUCGACUUCGGGUUUUUUAUUCGCGCUGAACCGCCAAAUGUCGACUUGAAUAACUUUCAUGGGAGCUUUGAAAGCUACUCGCAUCAAGACCAGUCAAGCGUAAUCUACCAGAAAAACAUCCUCCUUCGCGGCAGUGCCAUCCGAAACACGGAUUACAUCUUCGGAAUGGUCAUCUACCCCGGUCGUUUGAGCAAAGCGGUGAUGAACAACGGCGAAAAGCGGAAGAAAGUAUCGACUUUUGAAAAAGUAAUCAACGGCGACAUUGGCUACGGAAUUCUGUUUCUCUUGCUCAUGUGCUCAAUCACAGCGUCGAUGAUCAUCCACAACGACGAAGAAGUCCAUUGGUACAUUCCGGAAGAAAGCAAAAGAGCGGAUUUUAUUCAAUGGGUUUUUGCGUUCUUGACGAUGCUGAUUAUUCUUCAGAACAUCAUUCCGAUCUCGUUGUAUGUUUCCGUCGAAUUCAUAAAACUCGCGCAAGUCUGGAUGAUCCAACAAGAUAUCGAGCUGUAUUCAGAAGUUUCUGAUUCUAGCGUUACUUGCCGAACACUGAACAUUGCCGAAGAAUUGGGGAACAUCCAGCAUGUUUUCUGCGACAAAACCGGAACGCUCACUGAGAAUUCAAUGGUCUUCAGGGAAAUGUCAGUAGAAGGGAUCAAAUACCUCCACCCGGAGCAGGCAAAGAUGAUCAAAACUGUGACGAAACAAACAAGCGGCCAGAACACGGAGCAGUCGAAAAGCAGUCUUCAGCGAAUGCUCUCUGGUAAUUCGGGAAAAAGCGGAGCGAUUCCUCUCAAUGGAGGUUUUUCUCGAUCGCGACCUGGAUCAGCCAGAGCUAGCUUCAGAAGACCAAGGGGAAAUAUCCAGCGCUCUCGGCCGAAGAGUCAUCAUCGUCGAGUUAUGAGCGACACGAACUCGAUCCGCGAUCAAAUCAUCUCCGAUCGGAUGAAACAAGUCGACGACGGCGACGACGACGAGCUCCUUUUCGACGAGAACUUCGUUUUGGAAUCAACUGUAAAGCCAGAUUUCGAACUGAAAGAACGGCUGACCGAAGAACUGGCGAUCCAUGGAAAACGACGGGGAAUGUAUUCGUCGAAAACGCUGGAUAUGUUCCUCAGCCUUGCGAUUUGCAAUACAGUCGUCAUUUCUGUCGAGCAGCAGCAAAAAGAAGUGAAGCCUUCGAAGAGCAAGCUUUCAAAGCUCUCCUUGCUCACUCCAAGCAGCAUCAGAGACAGCGCAAAACGACUCUUCACUCUUGGUCGAGACAGCAAAUCGGGCGUUGGAAAUCCAUCUUUUCAUAUGAACGAAGAAAAUGGCGAAAACGGCGGCAGAAACUCGCAGAAAACGGAACUUCCAGCGAUUAACGAGUCGAUGGAGCCUUCAGAGACGAUUUCUUCCGGCUCUCUUCCCAAAGUUGCUACUCCUGUUAGAUUCAAGCCGAAUCGACCGACUUCACUUUUGAUGCUUCCGGAAACUCAGGGAAACGUAGCCAAGCCGUCAUUUGACAAUCUCGCCGUUACACCUCAACUUGCGACCGGCGCAACGACACCAGGAGGAGUGGGAGAAAAUGGGGCGUCUAAUGAGUUGCGGCCGGAAGAUGCGCUUUACGAAGCAGAGUCGCCGGAUGAAGCGGCUUUGGUUAAUUGUGCAAAGGGCUACGGCGUCUCCCUGAUGAAACGAGAACUAAGCCGAGUUCUAGUCCAGUGGCCAAAUGUUGAGCAAACGACCGAAUACAACAUCUGCGCGACACUUCCUUUUGAUUCAACUCGAAAAAUGAUGUCAGUAAUCGUCCAAGAAGAGAUGAAAAACGCAAAUGGCGAGCGAGCAGAUCGCUUCAUUCUGUUGACGAAAGGAGCUGACUCGGCCGUUUUUGCGCGACUUCGGAAAGAUCAAAAUUUUGAAAAAGCAAAUGCGGAUAGCCACGUGGACGAUUAUGCGAAUGCAGGGCUGAGAACGCUCGCUUUUGGGAGAAAAAUUUUGGAAGAAGAAGAAGUUGUUCGGGCAAAAGCGGCGAUUCACAAGGCCGAGAAAGAUUUGGACAAUUCUGAGGCGCUUCUUCAGGACGUUUACAAGACCAUCGAAAAAGAUCUGGAACUCCUUGGCGUUACUGCAAUCGAAGAUCGUCUCCAAGACGGAGUUCCCGAAACAAUCCGGGAUUUGCGCAAAGCAGGGCUGGCUGUCUGGAUCCUUACUGGCGACAAACUUCAAACCGCGACAGAAAUCGGCAAAUUGUGCAACUUGAUCAAGCCAAAAGACAGUUUGUUCACCGUCGAUUGCGACAGCAAAGACGAGCUGAUUCAGAAAAUGCGAUCGAUGAUGUCUUUCUUCAUCGAAGAACUCCCUCGGGCGCAGAAGAAAACGACCAGUUUCAAACCCUUCGAUUCCUGUCGAAAGAAUAAUGAAGAAAAGCCGCACAAGCCGAAUACGAUCAUGAUCAUUACGGGAAAGAACCUGAAAUGGGCCUUCGACGGAGAGUUCGACAAGAAAUCGGACACCUACGAAAACUUCUUGAAAAUCGCUUCUGCUUGCGAAGCCGUCAUUUGCUGCCGAGUCACGCCGCUUCAGAAAAGACAGGUUGUCGAGAAAAUUGCGAGGUUCAAGAAAGUUAGGACGCUGGCGAUCGGGGAUGGCGCUAAUGAUGUUUCGAUGAUUCAGGCCGCAAAUGUUGGAAUUGGAAUUUCGGGGAAAGAAGGUCGCCAAGCGGUUCUCGUUUCUGACUUUGCUGUUCCUCGAUUCAAAUUUCUCUCUCGACUGCUGUUCGUGCAUGGACACUGGAACUAUGCUCGACUGGCGUCGAUGAUCAAAUACUUUUUCUUCAAAAACACCGUUUUCGUCCUUCCUAGCUUCUUCUUUCAAUUUCUUUGCUUGUCUUCCACGGAGAAAGACCGGCUCGAGACGCAUCUUUACUUGUAUAAUACUGUAUUUACUAGCACAAUUCCAAUUUUCGUCGCCGUCUUCGACAAAAUCCUGCCGGCACACAUGCUCGCCACGAACCCUCAAGUUUACGAUCCCUCUUCAAAGAUGACCUACUACUCGCACAUGAGCUACGUCGGCGCCAUGUUCGAAGCUCUCUGGCACGCGAUCGUUCAAUUCUGCUUUCUGUACUUUGGAUAUCGAGAAUCGAGAGGAGGAGGCGAAAAUCCCUAUUUUCAUACUUCCAUCGAUUUGGCCCAGUUUAGCCAAGUUUCCGUGUUGCUUUCUGUCUUGUCUGGAUUCUUUUCCUUCGCUUUAGAUAUUUACGCCUUCAACUGGAUCAUUUGGCUGUUCUUUGCACUCUCCAUUGUUGUCCUUAUCUGUGUCGACUUUACUUAUGGCAUCGUAAUAACAGACAGCACCCUUAUUUAUCAGUCUUAUACGCCUCUUUUUGUUCAUGGAGUUCUUUAUUUUAUUGUCCCAAUCGUGAUCCUGAUCUGCAUCCUUCCAAAAGUCAUCCUCAAACUCUACCGCAACGAGUUCAAACCCUCGCCGACGACGAAAUUAAAACUGGCGAAGCGCGAAUUGAAAAAUCAAAAGUCAAAAAGUACCUAUUGCGUUCCAACCAAAUGCUGA